AUGAUCCGGGGACUGGAGGGGUUCCUGCGCGAUGAAAAGCUAAUGCAAGAAGAGUCGCUAAGCGCGCUCAAGUACACGCGGCUUGGUAUUGAUCUGUCGUAUUAUUUACGACAGGUCUUGUCGAAACCUGAUUCGGCUGAGCCUCUCGUCGCAGCGAUUGGUGGCUUGCCCUUGGCACUUAUGUCGCGCGUCGAAAGUGAUAUGCGUGUACUGGAACAGCAUCGCAUCAAGCCUGUGUUUGUUUUGCAUGGACUGUCACCUGCCAAGCGCACGCGGCCUUUCAGUUACGAGGACCGCCGACCCGCGCAGCGGCAGCGUGCCUGGGACGCCUACGAGCAGGAUGACGUCUCGCUUGCGACGCAGCAAUUUGCGGCUAGCAACAGCAUGUUUUUUUCUGACCUAUACCGCUCUGUCCUACGGAUGUGUCGGUACCACCACAUUGACUAUGUCGUGGCACCGUACCAAGCUACAGGACAGCUUGUUAUGAUGGAGCGCCACCCGAAGCAGUACGUGCAUGCGAUGUAUGGGCCCUCUGAGCUUCUGGCUUUUGACGACGUAGACAAGGUUAUUUUGCACAUGGAUCUGCGUCAUGGCAAAUUCCAAUAUGCGUCUAAAGUCGCUCUGAUGAGUACGCUACAAUGCAAUGAAGCCGAAUUCCUCGAUACCGUUUUGCUUGUGGGCAUGGAGUACUGCCCGACGUUCCCUGCACUUCAGGAUGAAUCGACAGGUCUUGUUACUUCUGUUGGGACGCCUAAUCUGCGGGUCGUAUCACAGCAUGUGCGUCAGUACCGCAGCGGCUUUUUGCUGUGCAGCCACUUUAGCGAGCAUCCCAUGGUGGCCAAGGCAGCCUAUCUUGAUCAAUUCUGCCAUGCACGUGCUAUGAUCAAAUACAACAUCGUGCUGAGCCCAGAUGACGGCGCCAUCGUGCCGCUACCCUUGGCCCUGUGCGAGCGGGGACCCAAACCUGAAAUUCCCAGCGACUUGCACGAAAUCUUUUCUUUCCGUCUGCCCGAGCAAGUUUUGCUUUAUCUUUCACGCGGUCUUAUGAGUACAAGCGUGCUCGGAAGUCUGCUUAGUGGCUUUGUUAUCGAGCCAGCGCCCCUGGACAAUGGCGAGACGCAAGAGUAUCGCCACUUUGUGCGUACGUACCUGACAGAGGACCCCACAUCGCCGCGAUGUGUUGCUAUUGCCCUUAUCUGCGGUGCUAUGCAUCCAUUCUGGCGCCAGCGCAAGGUGUCGGCCGUGUAUUGGUUCCAGCCGCAGGUCGAUGUAACCGUACCACACGAUGCCCAGCCGACGCAGCACCUCAUCUCCCGCAUGAGCCAAUGGCAUGUGCCGGCUGCCAUGCUGGACGAAGAGCUGCGUCGUCAGAACUCAUCCACGAUCGAUAUUCCACUUUGUCUGCAUACGACGGCGGAUCCUGCACGUGCGAAGCACACCGUGGGCUUGACGGCCGUGCGCCUUGAAAAGAAAGAUGAACUGGUCGCCAACUCGCUCUGGCGAUUCCUGGAGCUGCGUGGCUUCCUGACUGCCGAGCAUACCCAUACGGCGUACGGGCGCGCUUUGUUUGCAGCCUUCCAGCACGUGCGUGUGAAUGAUCGUCUUCAGGAGCCGCUGUUCAUGGCACUAGAACUCAUCCGCGCUCGUGUGUUGCAUGCAAAUGCCUACAGCGACACGGAGUACAGCGGAGGGCCAUCGUUUGGCUCGGCUGACGAACGCAAGUGCAUGUUGCUUGCGAUGCGCACGCUCAGUCUGCUGCCUAUGUCAUUCAAGGCUCAGGCAUGGGAUGCGCCGCUCUCUCGCGAGAUGCUUGUAUUCAACUCAUUCUCCAGGAGUCUCUCUCGUUCGUUGCGCUCGCUUGUUGAGAUGGUCAUGGUGUCGUUGCUCUUGCAUACCGAAUCACGUCAGCAGCGUGACGACUACGUCGACUUGAGCUUCAGUUUGCCGUUCCAGUCGGAUACGAACACGGGUAUGGGCAUUUUGAUCAAGUGUUACAUGGAUGCGUUAUACACGCUACAUAAUGGCCCCAUUACCGUCGGCGAAGCCCAUGCGCCGGACGUCGUGGAGGCCAAAAAGACGGUCGUUGACAUGCUCAUCGAGACAUUUGAAAAUGUGCGCGACGUGACGCUGGAGCUGCGUCGUGCCAGGCGGUUUUGGACGGCGCUUAUGGCGGCUGUCGAUGUGCUGGCUGCAGAAAAGGUCAUGGAGGCUGACUUGCACAGGCAAUUCUGCUCGACUCACGCGUACCUUGAGCCGCUUUGGCCAUCCUGGUGA